CAAAGGUGCAAGAACAGAAGAAGCCAGUGUGAAACUCAGCACUUGGCGAGCAGGAAGAGAAAGGGGAGGAAACGGCAAUGGACAGCUGGAAUCAAAGAAUUGUCAAGCCAGAAGGGACCCGAAGGACCAUCUAGUCCAACCCCUUGCAAUACAGGGUUAGGGAAGAGAGAGGAUGAUUUGUGGCAUCAGGGAAACCUGGGCAGAAAGCCGAGAACUAACUGGAAGUCACGAGGAGGACUUCAUCUAAGUUGUGUGUAUUUGUGCAUGGAGGCAAUUUGUGUGUGGAGGCAGGGAGCAUGACUUAGCAGCAUUUAUUUUACUAAAACAUUUUUACACCACCCUCCCUUAGAAAUCCCAAGGUCGUUACCAAAAUAUCGCAAUGGCGUCAAUGCAACAAUCCCAGAAAAAUUCAAAGUAUCCAUAGCAGAAGGCAGCUGUCUACAGAGCCUGCAAACUCAAUGGCCAAUUGUGGAGAGAGGAAGUUAGGAUGGGUUUGGACAUUAGUUCAGGGGUCGGUGAGUGGGGAACCUUCUUUGUCCGGAGUGACCACAUUCCCUUCCAAAUAAUCUUGCCCAUGGUGGGCGGGUCCAGGGCAAAAGUUGGUGGAGCAACAAUUCUAAAGCUUGCCUUGGGUUCUACACCCCAACCCUCUCUACCGCUCAAGUGAGGGGCAUUAUCAGAGUCCAAGGAUACCUUCCAUCCAGGUGAAAGCUCCAAGGAUGUUGGGAAGCAGGGAUGACAUGGGGCAUGGUCUGUGGAGACCGGGUGUGGCUGGGAGCAAGUGAGGGCCAGUGACUAAGGCUUGGAGCACCCCAUUUGGCCCCCUGCCUGAGAUUUCCCACUCCUGCUUUAGUUACAGCAGCGUUGGCUAAUCUGGCUCCACUCCAGUUGCUUUGGGUUGCUGCUCCCAUCAGCGUCAAUUGACACAGCCUUCCCAGCUGAGACUCAUGGGAUUUGUAGUCCUAAACUGCUGGAGAGCACGAGGCUGGUCAAGCCUAAGUACAAGCAUGCGAGUUUUCUUUAUGUUGUUGGUUGCGAGUUGUUUCACUGCCUCUUCACCCCAACAUUCUGAUCCUGUUGUCCUUAGAAUAAGUCUCUGGGCUCGUCCAUGCUUCUUCCACUUGCUAGAAAGCACAGGCUUGGGCAGUUUUCCAACUUGUCCAAUGUUUUCCAGGCACAGGUCCAAGUUGCUUUGCCUUUGUCCCACCGCUUUCUCCCAGAAAACCUACUCUUUAGUGCUAAAUCUGCAGAAACCCAACUGCCGUUUGCUGUGGUUGAGCAAGUUUUCCUAUCAGAAAGUGGAAGGGAAGUGGAAAUGCGCAUGAGCCCCCAGUCAUGUUUUUGGAGACAAAAAAAGUCCAGGAAUGCAGGAUUUUCUAGCCAGAAUGGAUGUUGUUAAGGUUAAAAUGCCAUCUCCCCUCCCUAAGGUAAUAUUUAGAAAACGAUAUUGGUUGGUAGCAGUGCCAUCUGUUUGUCUGACAAGGUUUAGGGACACCCCCUCUCCAAACCCUAGGAAUGAACAAAGUCUAAGAUUUUGAUUAACUGGGAUAUGGAUUAAAGCACAAGCUGCAGUGCUGUGCCAGACAGGGAAUUUCUGGGCUGGCUUUGUCAGUUUGCAUUUUGUAGAGCAGAAAGUAUUGAUCUGAUGUGUAGAGAUCUUUGCUAUUGCGUGGCGAGUCCCCCCCCCCCCCAGUGGAAAUAAUGACACAUGACACAAUUAUUAAGGUUAAUGGGCUAAAUCAGGCCACAACUUUUAUUGGUUACUUGUGAUGAGCGGUAUUGGCAUAGGCACUGGUCCUAACCAACUAUAUCCGACUUCAGCCCAUCCGCUUGAAGUCCGGGAAGGGUUAACCACCAGUAGGGGGAGUCCUGCUGAUGCACAUCAACUAGGAACUCCCCCGGGGUCACCGCUAGGGGGCGUGCCUUAGGCCCUCACCUCCAUAGGCUUCGGACAGGGCCACGCCCCCUGAAUCCUUUACCAGACUUCCCUUCAAAAUGCAGGGCAGGUGAUGGCGCUACCUCCCCUCUUCCAACUACAGAGCAAUACCAAUGCCUAACCGCCAAUACCAAGAAAGUUGUGACGAUUUGCUACGAGGUAGGCGAAAACCAUGUGGCUGGUGCCAAUUUGCCAAGUGGAAAAAUUCCUACCAGGCCCCUCAAUGGCGACCAACCAAGGUCCAUAGCAAGGUCAAAGAACGAAAACCUUAUAGGCCAGGAGGGUGGGAAAAGCAGGAACAGCUGGUAGGCGGCAAAGAGGGAGAUCCCCGGCCGCAUCCUGGUUUAAAUAAGGCAGGACACGCCCCCAGAGCCAGCCAAUUGGCUGGCCGGGAUGUGACGUGACCAGGAAUCCCCCCCAGUCUUUCAGAUACUGUAUAUACAGUGAGCUUUCGAUGGAGAAUGCAAUCAAAGAGGAGAUAUUGUAGACUGGCUGCAUAUGUCUUCGAAACACAGCAAAGAGCUAACAUUUAUAGAUACACUAAAUGACUGUCCUAGUUCAGUUAGUAAUGGAAUUGACCAGAAGAACAUAAACUCUGGGUUUUAUCUCAAGUGACAGCCAGGAUCUGGUUAGAGAUGAAAGUGUUGCUGAACUAAUUGGGAAGAGUGACCACAGUGCUAUCAAAUUCAAUUUAUAUAUGUAAUGGACAAUUGCCAAGUAAAUUCAUUGUAGUCACCUUUGACUUCAAAGAAAGGGACUUCCCAAAAAUGAGGGAUCUGGUAGAAAGGAAGGUGAAAGGCAAAAACCCUGCAGAACACUUAGGGGUUAUUCAAAAUCACAAUAAGGAGUUCUCAACUAUAAUGUAUAUUGCACUUCAGGAAAAAAUACCACCCGGGCCAAGAGGAUGCCAGCAUGGCUAAAGAGCAGAGUCCAGGAAUCAGGGAACGAGGCAGAGGGCCUUCUCAGUGGUGGCACCCUCCCUAUGGAACACCCUCCCUUCAUAUGUCAAGGAGAUAAAGAACUAUACAGCUUUUAGAACACAUCUGAAGGCAGCCCUGUAUUGGGAAGCUUUUAAUGUUUGCUGCUUUAUUAUGUUUUAUAUAUUCUGUAAGUUGCCCAGAGUGGCUUGGGACACCCAGCCAGAUGGGUGGGGUAUAAAUAAUAAAAUUAUUAUUGUUGUUACUAUUAUUAUCCUCGUUUUGGCAUCUUGCCCUGGUGCUUCUGUUAAUAUUAAUAACAUUUGUCUGUCUCAAAAAAAGAGAGGAGGAGGAGGAGGAGCAAAAGCAGCAAUGAUGUUAGGCUGCCCACAUGCUCUCUGGACAGAACCUGGAUUCAUGUGUUUUAUGAUGUCAUGAAUUCUAAGGAAAGGUGGUGUGGUGGAUCUUGUAGCCUUGGGAGCUGCCCGAAGGAUGAGAUGGUUGGUCCUCUCUGUUCUGGUCCUUGCUGCAUUCCAGCCCACCCAUAACGCAACCGUCAGCAAUUGCGAGUAAGAGGCCAUUGGGUUGAUGGGUGGCAUUUUGUAAGGAAAGACAAAAUAGGGAAGAAGUUUUUUUCCUGGAAAAAGACCCCAGGUGGUCUUCUGUCUGCUUGUCCAUCUACCAUUGCUCUCCUUCCAUUUUACCUUGAGGGUUGCUCUCCUUCCAUUUUGCCUUAAGGGUCUCAUGAAAUUUAGUGGCAUUUCAGCCAACCCUCUGAAGUAGACCGAUUGAAAGCAAUGAACACAAACAAGUUAGGUCCAUUACUUUUGGUGGAUGUACUCUGAGUCAAGUCUUGUUGAUUACCACCUAUAGCCAUGGCAUCCGAACAGAUCUCCCAAGGUUACUAUCAUGAAUUACAUAAAACUGACAAGGCUGGAUUUUUUUUAAAAAAUAAUAAUAGUAGAAUUCCCCCCCCCCCCAAAAAAUAAAAUUUGUUGAACUAUAUAAAAGACCUGCAAAAUACCAGAUGAUAUCUGAGGAGCCCGUGUCAGUAAAAAAGGUAAAAUGUGCGAUCACAAUAUUCAAGAGCUGCACAAUCCACCCACGUCGUGCGCAUGAUCUGUUGAUGCUCUCUAUCUUUUUCAGUGGCAUCUGCGGAAGACGACCGAUGGCAAGCAGCCAUAAGUUGAUGCGUAUUAUGGGCGGCAGCAAUGUUCUUCCAGGGACGUGGCCCUGGAUGGUCAGCAUCCAGACAAAAGUACGAGGGAACGUCUACUUUCCCAGCUGCGGAGGUUCGCUCAUUGGCCCCCAAUGGGUCCUCAGCGCAGUCCACUGCUUCCCAAAACCAAAGUAAGCAGAAGGGGACAUCUGCUUAGCAGAAGGUCAUUCCUGGGGAGGGUUGUGGAAUCUGCAAGCCCAGCACCCUGGGGGCAUCUCAAGGAAGCAGAGUCCCUUCUUCUGCCUUCCAGGUGAUACUUGGAGGAACUGCAGUUUGUCUGAACACAGAGCCGUCCUCUUGGGAUGGUGGAGUCUGCAGCCCAGGAACUGCCCUACCUGAUCAGGACUAAGGUCCAGCUAGUCCAGCGUCCCAUUGGGAACCUAGGAGGGCUGGGCACUCAUAGGUGGAGUAAGGUGGGUGCGGUGGGUGUGGCCCACCCUGAGUGUUAUCCCUGAGGGGGGGGUGACAUCACCACGCUGCCGCCCUGGGACACUCAUCGCGGGCAGCGCACCCCCAGGACGCGCACCCCACAGGACGCUCACCUCACCCCCCCGGGAUGCCAUCCCCGUCCGGGUGCCAGAGCAGCUAGCUCCGCCACCUUGGGCACUCGGGCCAAUCCGUCCCAUUUGGUUCGUAGGAAUAUAGGGCUAACCAACUAUUCCAUUUGUCCUGAGACCUGUAGGCAGAGAUCCGAGAGGCUUCUUCUUUCUCCCACUGCUUUCCCCAGGAAAACACACUGUUCAUAGCUGAAUCAGAACAAAUAUCAAUUGAGUUUUCUAUGAAUUCAUGUUUGCUCCAAUUUAGAUGUAACAGCAGGUUUUCCCAGAGAAAGCGGCCAGGCACAAAAACGAGGAAGGGCGUAGGACAGCCCCCUUGUGCUAAAAUUGUGCUUUUAAUGGGGUGAUAUUUUAACUUGGGUGGGUGUUGUUUAUUGUUCUUAAGUGUUCUGUGUUAACUGGUAUUUUGUAUUUGUCUUUUUUGUUUUUGUUUUAUAAAGCUGAUUAAUAUUCUACAGAUUUUUUUGUGGGAACGGAGUUAUUGUUUUGUUAUUUUUUGUUUUGACUAUUUACUUGUGUUUUUACCUUGGAUUUUUAUCCUGUGAACUGCCCUGGGAUCUUGUGAUGAAGGCAAUAUACAAAUGAAAUCAAGUCGAAUCAAAUAAAUAAUAAAACCUCUCAGGCUUCAGCCAUGUCGCCUUUUACCCAGUUUUUCUCCAAACUAAAAAGUCCCAAGCGCUGCAGUCCUUCCUCGUAGGGAAAUCCCUCCACACCCCUGAUAAUUUUGGUGGUCCUUUUCUGAACCUUCUCCAGCUGUGCAAUAUCCUUUCACAGGUGAGGCCAGCUUCACUGGAUAUCCAGGUAUUCCACCCUCGUGAGAGAGGGAGGGAAGAUUUUUUCUCCAUCCUUUCUCUGACAUUCAGGGAAUCCAAGAACGGCCUUCCAGAGGCGAAGCAACCUGCUCCGGUACCCAGAGCAGCGUGUGUCCCAGGGGACGUGACGUGCUGCCCGUGGGGGGCGUGGCAUGCAUCCUGGGGGUGUGGAACUCCACCCAGGGGCGUGGCAUGCCACCCAGGGGCAUGGUGCAUGUCCCGGGUGGUGCCACCAAUUGGGGGUUGGCAUUUAGUCACCCUCCCUUUGGAAUGGCACCUGGGGCGUGCCGCCCCCCCAAACCUCAGAACUCCCCUAUAGCCUCCCACAAGCCAUAUAUCCCUGUUCUUGGUCCCACCUGCAGAGACCAGUACAAGCUUGUUCUUGGCUCCAACCGGAUCAAGAAGCUGGGCCCAGAGGCUGAGCAGCGCUUCAUUAAGAGGCUGGUGAAACAUGAGAAGUACGACAACCAGCUGAAUCAAGGAGAGGUGGUGUUUGCAGACAUCGCCUUGCUGGAGAUGGACGAGCCCGUCAACUGCAGCGACUACAUCCAGCCAGCCUGCCUGCCUGACGAAAGAAUGGAGGUUUUGACACUCAGCCAUUGCUACGUCAGCGGUUGGGGCGGCCUGCUGCCAAAAGGUGAGAGCAACCUUGUGAAAAGCAGGAGGACUGUUUGAAAUAAAUUCAUCACCUGUACCUUCACUGCCAGCUGGCAUUUUCCAGGGUGGUUUAGGACUUGUCUGCACUUCCGCUUAUCCUGCUGUUUCCCCCCGGGGAAAACCUGCAGUCGAGUUCUCCGCAGAUUGCUGUUUGCUCCUAUUCAGCAGUCAAGAGUGAGUUUUCCUGGGGAAAGUAACAGGGCAAGCAGAAAACCACUCGGACUCAUGCCAAGGGGGCACAAACCUCUUGGACUCAUGCUUUCUAGGCAGGGGACGAGUGGAAGUGUGGACAAGCCCUUCCAGUGGGAGGAAAGUUAAUAAAUAAAAUGGAAAUGACCGUGGCAAAUAAUAUACCUAGUUCUGAAUGAAUAAACGCUUCUGGUUGGGCUGCACAAGGUUCCUUCUUUGCAGGAGAGGUUUUCUUUCGGGGUGUUCCAUCCCUGUUUCACAUCCCCUCUCUCUUGCAUGGAUGAGUUUCCCCCCAUUCAUGCCUGUAAUUAUUCUGCUUUAAUAAUAUACUGGGCUCAGGAUAUCUAAUAAUAAUAAUAAUAAUAAUAAUAAUAAUAAUAAUUUGCACCCCACCCAACUGGCUGGGCUUCCCCAGCCACUCUGGGUGGCUUCCAACAGAUUAACAAACGUUAAAACACCAGUCAUUAAAAAAGUUAACUGAACAGGGCUGCCCUCAGGUAUCUUCUAAAAGUCAGAUAGUUGUUUAUUCCUUUGACAUCUGGUGGGAGGGCAUUCCACAGGGCGGGCGCCGCCACCACCAAGAAGGCCCUCUGCCUGGUUCCCUGUAACCUCACUUCUGCCAGAAGGCCCUUGGAGCUGGACCUCAGUGUCCAGGCUAAACGAUGGGGGUGGAGACACUCCUUCAGGUAUACUGGGCUGAGGCCGUUUAGGGCUUUAAAGGUCAACACCAACACCAACUAUUUAUGAAAUCAAAACAUGGUUAGCAGGGAUUUUUUCAGCCAGAACUCACUGAAACUCCAUUCCAGCACCUCUCAGGUGGGUGCCAUUGCCAUUAUAAGAGACCAGGGAAGGCGUUUGUGGUGAGUUCCGGCACCUCGUUUUUAGAAAAAUAGCACUGCUGGUCCAGUGACUGAGAGCAGCUAGCUGUUAUGCAGGUCUUAGUGCUUAUCCACACUUCUGCUUUCUCGGUGUGGCUCUGAGGGGUUUCCCCCUUUCCCCUCUCCUUCCCCUGCCCCAGUUAGGAUUCACGGGCAAGGCACCCCCUGGUCAGGCGUCCAGCUGUCUAUCUCCAUUCCCACCCUGCUGCUUUCUGCUCACAGAUUCCACCCCUCCUGACAUCAUGCAAGAAGGGGCGACGAGUCUCUACAGUAGAAUCCAAUGUGGCAUGCGGUGGGGCAGGAGGAUCCCUACACAGAACGUCUGUGCCGGACACGAAGAAGGAACCAUUUCAAUCUGCAGGGUAGGGUGAACCACGGUCAGGAGCCAAGGUCAGGAUUUUGUGCUCACCUGAUGAAGGGUAUCACUCUAUGGCUCCACAUCAGAGCUCUUUUGUGGCCAACCAAUGCUCCAAGUUUCAAUGCUUGGCAAGCUGAGCUGAGGCUGCUCUCCAAGGCUGUCUACACACCACACGGUCAAAGCACAUUCAAAGUGCAGGACUCCCGCUGCCCCCCCCCCGCCACUGGAAAAAAAAAAGAAUCUUGAGGAACUGCAAUUUGGGUGCCUGGAAUCAGAUAUCCAUGUGGAGUAAACUACAGUUCCCACAAUUCUUGUGAGGAAGGGAGUCACACACUUUAAAUGUAGGAUGUUGGUAUAUGUUUCAAUCCGUUUUCAGUUUGUAGCUGGUUUUAUCUUCUGAAUGUUUUCAAGAGUUGGUUUUACUCGUUAUUGUUUCGCUCUCUUCGUAAACUGCCUUGAGGUUGCUGUUGUACAAUCAAGCAGGGUAUACGUUUAGAAUUGUAGAGUUGAAUGUACCUCGGGGCGGUCAUCUAGUCCAACCCCCUGCAAGGCUGGAAUUAGAUGCAAUUAAUAAUAAUAAUAAUAAUAAUAAUAAUAAUAAUUUAUUCCCCGCCCAAAGCCGGGCUCAGGGCAGUUAACACCAGUAAAAUUACAAUGGAAACAUAAUAGGGGGAAAAACAACAACAACCCAAUUUAAAAUACAGGUUAAAAUGCAAUUUAAAAAGCAGCCUCAUUUUAAAAGUAGCCCAUAAAUCAAAACCGUAAGGGGAGGGAAGACAUAAGGGUCAGACUGAGUCCAAACCAAAGGCCAGGUGGAACAGCUCUGUCUUGCAGGCCCUGCAGAAAGAUGUCAAGUCCUGCAGGGCCCUAGUCUCUUGGGACAGAGCAUUCCACCAUGUUGGGGCCAGUACUGAAAAGGCCCUGGCCCUAGUUGAGACCAAUCUAACCACCUUGCGACUUGGGACCUCCAAGAUAUUGCCAUUUGUGGACCUUAAGGUCCUCCGCGGGGCAUACCAGGAGAGGUGGUCCCGUAGGUACGUGGGUCCUAGGCCGCAUAGGGCUUUAAAGGUCAAAAUGAGCCCCUUAAAUCUGACCCUCUACUCCACCGGGAAUAAGUGAAGUUGAUGUGCUGUGCUGCCCCUGACAGGAUGGCUGAGCCUUGUAUCCUUACCCCAUUUGCCUCUGCCUUGAUCUCCACAGCAUCAUGCCUGCACCUCAUUCCACCACCUUCUUUUCCCCCUCCCAGGGUGACAGCGGAGGCCCCCUGAUGUGCAGGGAAGAGAGGUCUGAGCGCUACUGGGUGAUUGGAGUCGCCAGUUUCGGACCCUUGUACUGCGGCACAGCGAAGAUCCCAAGCGUCUUCAUUUCCACGCAGUACUAUCUGGACUGGAUCCAAAGGACCUCUAAGCUGCAGCUGUCGGUUCCCACACAUACCCCGCUGCUGGCGCAGACCCAGGCCACAACAAUGCGCAAGCCGAGGACUUUACCUACAGCGGCCAGGCCAAGACCCCACAGGCCUCCCUGGGUGAGGCCCCCACAGUGGGGUGUGAGGCCUCCUCCCCAGGUGCAGACCACAAGGUCCUCCUUCCCUCCCUGGAUGAGGGAGAACUAUUUUUGGGGUAACCGGAGGCCUGGCCGCAGGACUAGGUACAGACCGCAGCAGCCCGGGCCCCGGAUGGCACCUCGAAGUCAGUUCGCAGAUCCACCAGGGUACUACCCUGGCUCCGAAGACUACUACGAUCUGCUUGUGCCCUCAGGAGAGCAGGAUUGAGAGGGGCAGCUGGGGCAGGGGACAGGCUAGAGGCAGAGGGGCCAGGCUAGAGGCCACCAUGAUAAGCAUAGGAUAUUCUAUAGAAUAAUAAAAUGAAGAUGGUUUGAGCAAGC